CUACAAAAUUAGAUGUUUUACAGCUCUGAGAGAAUCGUGAUAACUGAUUUAUAGCAAUUCUCCCGGAUGCCCCAAAAGGUCUUCCGGCCAGACUGAUCAUCGCCAUUUUAUUGAAAAUAAUGGAAGUAAUUGAUAAUUCAUUGGUUAAAUUUGAAAAACCUAUUUAUCAAGAUCAGCAAGAAAGAUAUCUAAAUUAAAACAUCAUAGAAUUUCAACAUUUGUUAUGAUCAUUGUUAAUUUAAACUUAAAGCUGUUUGGAUUUAUGUUGAUUAUUGUUGGUAUUGUCAUAAAAAAAUUAGUUAGUCAUAUUAUACCGAAUGAUAAAACAAUGAAUGAAUUGAAAAAAGGCAAGGAGAACAAAGCGUCCGUACCAACUCCUGAUUGUUCAUUGUCUGUGCAUCAACCACCACAAUCUGCAGAUUAUUAA